ACUCAGCAGUAGUGGUGAUGUAAGCUCCACGAGUUGUCGAAGAGAGGCUUUGGGGUUUAUGAACAAAUUGAAUCAAUGCGGUGAAUCAAAACACCCUAAUACGCCGCCGCCACCGUAACCGUCUCCGACCACCACAUUACAACAACAACAGUGGCGGUGGCAUCUUUUCAUGGCACCACCAUCAUCAUCAUUCACAUCAAGUCAAUGACCCUCUCUUCUAGAACCUUCUUCUCAAAAACCAUAACCCUUCUCAAACCACGUUUCCUAUUCUACCCUUUCUCCACUCAUCGUCAUCGUCGUCAUCAUCAUCACAACAACGAUAAAAACGACGACGUUUAUCACCAUUUCCAUUCUGCCGAGUCACUCCUCCGAGAUCUCAACUCAGAUAAACACCGACCACGGUUCUUCCGUUGGGUGGAAAAACAACGUGGAUUCCACUUAGGAUACCGUUUUAUGAGGAGUGCGUAUAGGGUUAUGGAGAAGGCGGUUGAUGAUAAAAUUGAUGGUGUUGUUUUGGAUGUUUUAGUUACCGGUGCUGCCGACGGCGGCGGUGGUAAUCUAGAGGUAUCUGUUAAGCUUCUUGAUUUAUUGCUUUGGGUUUUCACGAAAAAAUCGGUUUUGGAUAAAUGUUUGUUGAUUUUUUUCAAAAUGAUUCAUAAUGGAUUGUUGCCUGAUGUUGAGAAUUGUAAUAGGAUUCUUAGAUUGUUUAGGGAUAGGAGGAGGAUGAAUGAGAUUAAGGACUUUUAUAGUGUUAUGGUUGCGUGUGGGGUUAGGCCUACGGUUGUUACUUAUAAUACUAUGUUGGAUUCGCUUUGUAAACAAGGCGAAGUUGAACGAGCCAUGGAGCUUUUUAAAAUGAUGCCAAAGCUUGGGUGUGAUCCGAAUGAUGUGAGUUACAAUACUUUGGUGAAUGGUUGGUCGAAGAAAGGGGAUUUUGAGCGGGUGAACAAAUUGAUCGAGGAGAUGUUGAAAUUGGGAAUUAGGGUUUCGGCAGCUUAUACGUAUAACCCUUGGGUUGAUGGGUAUUGUAAGAAAGGGAUGGUUGGGAAAGCUAAGGAUCUGGUGGGGAUCUUUGAUAAAGGAGCUUUGCCUACAGUUUCGACUUACAAUGCUAUUAUGUAUGGUCUUUGCAGGAAGGGGGAAGUGAGUGAUGCGAGGGAUUUUUUGGAUGUUAUGGUGAGUAAGAAUUUGAAGCCUGACUUAGUUUCAUAUAACACUCUAAUUGACGGUUACAUCAGGUUGGGAAAAUUAGGGGAGGCUCUUCUCUUGUUUGCUGACUUAAAAUACAAAAAACUUGUUCCAAAUGUUGUGACCUAUAACACGCUUAUAGACGGUCAUUGCAGAUUGGGGAAGUUGGAUAUUGCCAUGCGGAUGAAAGAUGAAAUGAUCAUACUCGGUCCACAUCCUGAUGUGUUUACUUUUACAAUUCUUGUUAAGGGAUUUUGCAUGAUGGGGAACCGGCCAAUGGCUAAGGAACUGUAUGAUGAAAUGCAGCAUAGAGGAUUGCAGCCUGAUUGUGUUGCAUACAGGACUAUGAUAAUGGGUGAACUCGAGCUUGGUGACCCAUCUGAGGCUAUUGGCAUGAAAGAAGAAAUGCAUGCCAAAGGCUUUCCGCCAGAUUUAAUCACGUAUAAUGUCUUGAUCAAUGGGCUCUAUAAAUUGGGCAAGUUUGAUAGAGCAGAUGAACUUUUGCCGGAAAUGCUCGACAAUGGAGUUGUUCCGGAUCAUGUGACAUAUACUAGCAUCAUCCAUGGUCUCUUGAUGGCUGGGCUUCUUGAGAAGGCUAGAGAUGUGUUUUAUGAUAUGAAGGAGGUAGGGAUACAUCCUUCGGUUGUGACUUACACAGUUUUGAUUCAUUCGCAUGCUGUUGGGGGAAGGCUAAAUCAUGCUAUGGUGUACUUAAGUGAGAUGCAAAACGAGGGUGUUCUUCCAAAUGUGAUCACCUGCAAUGCAUUAAUCAAUGGACUUUGCAAAGAGAGAAAGAUGUUUGAUGCGUACAAUUUUCUUGCGGAGAUGAAAAAAAAGGGUAUUUCUGCAAAUAAGUAUACAUACACUAUUUUGAUAAAUGAGAACUGCAAGUUAGGGCGUUGGCGGGAAGCGUUGAGGUUGUAUAGGGAAAUGCUAGAUAGAGAAAUAGAGCCUGAUUCUUGCACACAUAAAGCACUACUAUUGAAGCAUCUAAGGAAAGAAUAUAAAUCGGAUGCAGUUAAGCUUCUAGAGAAUGUAAUUAGCGGGAGUGAAUAAACUUAUGAUGUAAAGAUGAGAAAUGAUUAUUUGUUGUUUCCAUUUUGUCAUUCCCAUGUGGCAAAUGAGUAAAAGAGAUCCCUACAUUUGGAUGGGUUUUACCUCA